CAGCAGCAGCAGACAUGUUUGAUAACCUUACUAAAGCUAAAGGCAUCUUUUAGAGUAUACAUCUGGAGCCCACAAGUUCUCGGUCUCUAACUAAUUGAUGACUUUAGGCCAGACAAGUCAACUUUUGGAAUUCUGUAAGUGAGCACUUACAUAUUUUGGAAUAUGUACUACCUAUGAUAUAUAUAUAUAACUUACCCAUCUUCCUUAAUCCAGACAAAAGCCAUGCAAGGCUAGAAAUACUGUCCCAGUUUUACAGCUGAGCAGGUGGUGAAGACUGAGUUUGAAUUCAAGUGUAGAUGAUUCCAGAACACUUCCAUUUUUACUGUCCUGACUCGCUUAUUCAGAGGUUUGUCCGCAGAUUGAUUUUUAGAUGGUGUUGUAAGGAUCUGGAUAUGGGUUCUUUGUAUACAGGUUCUUUUUGUAUAGGUUCUUUGGAAGUUUGGGAAAACAUUUUUUUGCUUGAGAAAUGUCAUCCCUUUUACUUGUUUUUACACAUUUGGACUCUGUCCUAAAUCUGUCUGAAGUUUUUCUGCUCUAAAACAUUUGAAGUCUCCUGCUCUAGAAACCUGAGACCUAUCUAUAAUGAAUAUGUAUUAGAAAAUUAAAACAGAUUAUCGUAAUUUAUAUUUUUCAAUGAACAGACUUUUCAGUUAUAUUUCUAUUCCUAAUGAUGUUUUCUGUAGUCUAAUACCAAAAUGACAUUGAGGUGAUUGAACACACUAUUAAUAGGGUGGGGAAGUGAUUAAGAGUUAAAAUUUUAUGCUGAAAAUGGCCAAUUUACAGCACAGGGUUCACACCCCACUCCAGGUCUUGGUGCCUUUAAAGGCUGCACUAAGCAUGAUGUAAUGACAGGUUAAACCUCUGAAUGCCUGAGCUGACGCAAUGCAGAUUGGAGGCCCUGGACUUUAUUGGGGCAAGGGUAAUGCUUAUUUAAAAACAAAACAAGCUACUCUGUUUAAUAAGUCUGUUUAAGAUGGUUUUCCUAGAGUGGGAAGAGAAUAAAUUCUAAAUUUGGAGGUUAAAGCAGGGGUUUAAUAUGGUUAUGUGUGCUUACUACUCUCACUAAAUCUUCUCGAAGGGAAAAGGAGUUUAAGGUGGUGACGGCGGUAAAAAUGGAGAAGUGAGUUACAGUUGAGAUAAGGUAGUUAACGCCAGUUAAAUAGUUAUUGAAGUAGGGAGAAUGCUUUUACUUUAUAAAAAUCUAGCGUCCGCAGGGUUAACUGGCGGAGUAUAGUGCAGGGAUGCUUGUCUGGUCGCGUAUUUCCCAUAUAUUCUGUGUAGACUUUUGGGUUGAAACCAUGCAAAAUUGCCGAUAUCCUACUGUUUGGGCCUACAGAAAUGGAGUGUUUCAGCUUCUAGUAAGCUGAUGGCGUGUGCAGUAUCGCCGGGGAGUGAGGAUCGCGGGGUUUUACGCCGGGUUUUACUCGGCUGGGUGCCUGGGUGGGAGUUGAGCCCUCCUUGCCCAGGAGCCGCUUGGGAGCCCCAGACAGAGUGGGGCGGAGCCUUAAGCCCCGCCCCCGUACGCCGCCGCCCCGCCUCUCGCCAGCCGCGGCAGCCGCCGCCCUGUGCAGACAGAGCCUGCGGCCCCCUGGCACUGCGUUGGCGCAGGCUUUCCAGCUGCGAGCCGGAUCCUGCAGUAGUAGCUCGAGUUGGCACCGAGAGCGCACGUAGUCGACCAGUCGCCUCUACGCACCCUUCAGCCCUGUUCUUCACCGAGCUGGCAGGAGCCUAGCCGAUGAAUUUGGGGAAGACAGACUUCCGAGACAGACGAAGGUUUAGGGCCCAGCAGAGGACAGCUCAGCAAUGGCUCCCAUUUUUGGAGACGCAGGCGAAUUUGAGCUCCUGGGGAGGUGUGGUUGACUCCUUUUGGAACAGGAAGGGGCAUCAGUUCUCUUCUUCAGUAGCCAGUGCUUCUGAGGAGUGAAUGGAGUGUAUGGAGUAGGGCAUGUGCAUUCUUUUGAAAACUAGAUCCGGGACAUGUUUAGGAACAGAAGGUAUCCAGGAGAGCCCUCUGUUGCAAGUUGUCUUUGCUUCUGGGGGAAAGGCUAUGAGCUCUCUGACUUAUGACUGGGAAGUCUCCCUUACCUUUUCUGUACUCCUGGAGAGGCGUCUUGCUCACUUGUUUACCAGCAUCUGGGACAAGGAAGAGAAAAGAAAUGAGCCGUCAGACUGCAACAGCAUUACCUACUGGAACCUCAAAGUGUGCGCCGUCCCAGAGGGUGCCUGCCCUGACGGGCACAACUGCCUCCAACAAUGACUUGGCGAGUCUCUUCGAGUGUCCGGUCUGCUUCGACUAUGUGUUACCACCCAUUCUUCAGUGCCAGAGUGGCCAUCUCGUCUGUAGCAACUGUCGCCCAAAGCUCACAUGUUGUCCGACUUGCCGGGGCCCGCUGGGAUCCAUUCGCAACUUGGCUAUGGAGAAAGUGGCCAAUUCAGUCCUUUUCCCUUGUAAAUAUGCCUCUUCUGGAUGUGAGAUAACUCUGCCACACACAGAAAAAGCAGACCACGAAGAGCUCUGUGAGUUUAGGCCUUACUCCUGUCCGUGCCCUGGUGCUUCCUGUAAAUGGCAAGGCUCUCUGGAUGCUGUCAUGCCGCAUCUGAUGCAUCAGCAUAAGUCCAUCACAACCCUGCAGGGAGAGGACAUAGUUUUCCUUGCUACAGACAUUAAUCUUCCUGGUGCUGUUGACUGGGUGAUGAUGCAGUCUUGUUUUGGCUUUCAUUUCAUGUUGGUCUUGGAGAAACAGGAAAAAUAUGAUGGUCACCAGCAAUUCUUCGCAAUUGUACAGCUGAUAGGAACACGCAAGCAAGCUGAAAAUUUUGCUUAUCGACUUGAGCUAAAUGGUCAUAGGCGGCGAUUGACUUGGGAAGCCACUCCUCGAUCUAUUCAUGAGGGAAUUGCAACAGCCAUUAUGAAUAGUGACUGCCUAGUCUUUGACACCAGCAUUGCACAGCUCUUUGCAGAAAAUGGCAAUUUAGGCAUCAAUGUAACUAUUUCCAUGUGUUGAAAUGGCAAUCAGACAUUUUCUGGCCAGUGUUUAAAACCAUUGCAUUCAAUUUCACAGAGAAUAAGGCACCUGUCUGCCUACCAACCAAAAACUUGUGGUAGGUGGAACCUAGACACAUGAAGGUAAAUAAAAGGAAAGGCUGUUAAAUACAGGAAACAGUUGCAUGUAAUAACACUAAUAUAUUUAAAAAUAAGUCAACAGUAAACCACUGAAAAAUAAAUAUAUAUAUAUAUAUACACCCAAGAUGGGCAUCUUUUGUAUUAAGAAAGGAAGCAUUGUAAAAUAAUUCUGAAUUUGUGUUUGUUGUAGAUUGAGUGUACCGUUGAAAAAUACUGGGUUCUUGUUUUUUGUGUGCCUGUGCGUGUGUGUGUGUGCGCGCGUGUGAGUAUGUUUGGGUUUUUUCCUUUAACUGACAAGCCAUGUUGAGUGGUCUUGGACCACUGCUUUUCCCUCUGUGAGUCAAUACAUCGUGCUGCUGUGUGUGUAUAUUUUUUUUCUGUGUGUAUUUGCUAAUUUUUAUUAAUUCUAGUUUUUCAUUAAAUAAAUUUGACUUUCUUUUCUGUAAUUCAGGUUUUUCCUCACUUUUUUUUGUACCUUUUAAAGUUAGUGUCUUUUUGAUAUGCAUAAUUGUUGAUGGUAAAAUUUAUACAUGUGUUCGAUACAUAUUUUCUUUUCCCCCAUUAAUCAGUUCAUUAGAAAUAUUUUAAAUUCAACUGUUUCGUGAAGAUAUGAGUUUCAGAAAGGAAAGAUAACAUCAGAAGAAUUAUCAGAAGCUAGUUAAAGCAGCUAUAAAAUGGUCUCCCUCUCUUCUCCAGUUGACUCAUACCUUCAAACUUAUUCUUUGUAGGUUACGGAGUACUGAUUUUUUUUUUUUAAAUACUGGGGAAAAAAAAUCAGGCUCCCCCCUCCCCCCACAUAUCUUGGACAAAUCACAUAUGUUUAAAAUUUGUUCUUGUAUUUAUUGGUUUUGCAAAAGAAGGCAUCGUCUCACACAGUAUUUGUAAUUAAAAGCAAAUCAUUUGUUAAAAAACAGGCAGUUUGCAAAAAAAUGUUUUUGGUCUUUUAUAAUUCUCAUUAAAAGAAUAUCUGGCAAAUUAAAAA